GUGAACCUCCAACGUUAUCUUUUCUAUUUGAGGUCCAACAUGAAGUGAAAGCGGAAAGACAUUUGAGAGAAAGAACCUUAGGUGGUGGUGGUGGUACUUGUUCUGUAGUAAUCAUCAACAGAGAUAAGAUAACUCAUAAAUGGAGAAACUCAAAGUGUCCACAAAGCAUGAUUCUGAUGGCAGCAGUGAUCAGGCAGAUUCAUUUCCAAUAUUCGAAUUGCGCGAGAGUCAAAAUGUUGGACAGCAGAGGUAUAGAAGAGAGGAAGAUGAUACAAAAGCUGUGAGAUUCGAUGGAGCUUCUGCAAUUGCUUCCUCUAAUUCUGCAAGCAAUAAGGAAUCUGCCAACAAGUGGAUGGCAUUUGCUAGGGACCCUGGUUCUGCAGUUGAUAGCAACUCAGCAGUAAAUGAUAAAAGUACCACUGAAGACAAUUACUUAAGGAAUCAUCUGAGUGACAAGUCUUCUUCUGAUCAACAAGUUUUAACUGAAGCAACCAUAGCUGAGAGAACUGCAGAAUGGGGUCUUGUAGUGAACUCUGGGAACUUCAAAACCAGUUCUUCUUUCGAUGGUGACAGAACCAGAAACUUGUCAGAUAGAUUUGUUGAAUCAACAAGGACAUCUGGGGAUUCAAAUUUUGGAUCUGAGUCAUCAUCAGGGGUUUUAAGGGUGUCACAAGAGUUGAAGGAUGCAUUGGCGACGCUGCAACAGACAUUUGUUGUCUCAGAUGCAACUAAACCAGACUGCCCAAUUAUGUAUGCCAGUAGUGGCUUUUUCACUAUGACUGGCUAUUCUUCAAAGGAGAUUAUUGGAAGGAAUUGUCGGUUUCUUCAGGGGGCUGAUACAGACAAGAAUGAAGUGGCCAAAAUUCGGGAUGCUAUUAGAAACGGAAGAAGUUAUUGUGGCAGAUUAUUAAACUACAAGAAAAAUGGAACUCCAUUCUGGAAUCUUCUCACUGUCACCCCAAUCAAAGAUAACCAAGGCAAUACUAUCAAAUUCAUCGGAAUGCAGGUUGAGGUGAGCAAGUACACUGAAGGAGUGAAUGAAAAGGCGUUACGACCAAAUGGAUUACCAAAGUCAUUAAUUCGAUAUGAUGCUCGUCAAAAGGAAAAAGCUUUGGGUUCCAUCACCGAGGUUGUCCAAACUGUUAAGGACCCAAAAUCUAUUAUUAAAAAUAGGAGUGAUGAUAAUGCCUCCAUGCAAGAAGUGGAACAGAAAAUGAAUCUUGAUUUUGCUUUGCCAAAGUCUGCUGUUGCUGGGAAUACAAGCACACCUGGUAGACAACCUUCUCCACUUAACAUCCAACGAGUGAGUUCUAAUCAGGAAAAGGUCAGAACAUCACGAUCAGGACGGAUUUCUUUCAAGGGUUUUAAAGGGAAAUCUCAGAGUUAUAGUGGGAGAGAUGAGGAGAAGUACACUGUUGAACCUGAGAUUUUGAUGACCAAAGAAAUAGAGUGGUCGAACAAUUUGGAGAACUCACUAAGAGAGAGAGACAUGAGGCAAGGAAUUGAUCUAGCAACCACAUUGGAGCGGAUAGAAAAGAACUUCGUGAUUUCUGAUCCUAGACUGCCAGAUAACCCAAUUAUAUUUGCAUCUGAUAGCUUUCUUGAGCUUACGGAAUACACACGAGAAGAAAUUCUGGGACGAAAUUGUCGGUUUCUUCAAGGACCAGAAACAGAUCAGGCAACUGUUUCCAGGAUAAGGGAUGCUAUCAGAGAACAGAGGGAAAUCACUGUUCAGUUGAUCAACUAUACUAAGAGUGGAAAGAAGUUUUGGAAUUUGUUUCACUUGCAACCCAUGCGUGACCAAAAGGGUGAACUUCAAUACUUCAUUGGCGUUCAACUAGAUGGAAGUGAUCAUGUAGAACCCUUAAAAAACCGCCUGUCUGAGACAACUGAGCUACAGAGUGCUAAGUUGGUGAAAGCCACUGCAGAAAAUGUGGAUGAAGCUGUCCGAGAACUUCCCGAUGCCAACUUGAGGCCAGAAGAUUUGUGGGCAAUUCAUUCCCAACCUGUAUAUCCACGACCUCACAGAAAGGAUAAUCCUUCUUGGAUAGCAAUACAAAAGGUUACUGCAAGAGGCGAAAAAAUUAGUCUGAAACAUUUUGUGCCCAUAAGGCCACUAGGUUGUGGAGAUACUGGCAGUGUUCAUUUGGUGGAACUCAAAGGCACUGGUGAACUAUAUGCAAUGAAAGCAAUGGAAAAGUCUGUCAUGCUAAAUCGUAAUAAGGUUCACCGAUCAUGCAUUGAGAGAGAGAUUAUAUCAUUAUUGGAUCACCCUUUUCUUCCAACACUAUACACCUCAUUUCAGACUUCUACACAUGUAUGUUUGAUUUCUGACUUCUGCCACGGGGGAGAAUUGUUUGCAUUGCUUGACAAACAACCAAUGAAGAUUUUCAAAGAAGAAUCAGCAAGAUUCUAUGCGGCAGAGGUUGUCAUUGGUUUGGAAUAUCUCCACUUUCUAGGUAUAAUUUAUCGUGACUUAAAGCCUGAAAAUAUCUUACUUCAGAAGGAUGGUCAUGUUGUAUUAACUGAUUUUGAUCUAUCAUCUAUGACAUCGUGUAAACCCCAGGUUGUGAAGCAAGCAUUACCUGGUAAAAGAAGAAAAUCACGAAGUGAACCUCCACCAAUACUUGUUGCAGAGCCAAUUACACAAUCAAACUCAUUUGUUGGAACUGAAGAAUAUAUUGCCCCUGAAAUUAUAACUGGAGCUGGGCAUACCAGCGCUAUAGAUUGGUGGACUCUUGGUAUCUUAUUGUAUGAGAUGCUGUAUGGUCGCACACCAUUUAGAGGAAAGAAUAGACAGAGGACAUUUUCCAACAUCUUACACAAGGAUCUUACCUUCCCAAGCAGCAUCCCGGCCAGUCUUGCGGCCAGGCAGUUGAUUAAUGCAUUACUGCAGAGAGAUCCAACAAGUCGUCUAGGUUCAACCACUGGUGCAAAUGAAAUCAAACAACACCCUUUUUUCCGUGGAAUCAAUUGGCCUCUAAUCCGCAACAUGAGUCCACCUCCAUUAGAUGUUCCUCUAAAAUUGAUAGGAAAGGAUCCAGUGGCGAAGGAUAUAAAUUGGGAAGAUGAUGGAGUGCUAGUUAGCUCCAUUGAUAUGGAUAUUUUUUGACGGCUCAGUGUUUACUUUACUGAUAUGGAUGUUAUGUCAGCAUCAUCGUAUCUGCUGCAACAAUCACGGGGUGAUGUUAAAGUGUAAUAUAUAGAGUAUCUGCUGAUUUGGUAAUGGUUCAAAAUCUAAGUUAUGUAGGAUUAGCAGAAAAUUAGAAUGUACAAUGUACAUUGAACAAGCAUCUAGUUAUGCAUGUCGACAAUACAUCAAUAAUAUACUUCUGUAGAUGCCUUAAAAAAAUCAAUGUUACAGCUUUUUUUAUUAUCUAUAUAUAAACUAAUUUAUUUA